GUGCCGCGGUUUCGGAUUCCCACGCCUCCUUUUUCCGCUCUUUCCUUCUUUUUCCUUUUAAGAGAAUGCCGCGUCGAUUCGACGCAAUUGCUUUGCAUGCCCGCCCCAUUUCCAUAUUGCGCUCCGUCACCAGUAGACUCGAACAAAGCGCCGAACUCCGACGUGCACCGGCGCCCACCAUGAGAUCCCCUCGUCGUCCUUGCUUUCUCGCCCUCCCUGUCCUCCUCCUCGUCCUCCUCGGCGCCGUCCUGCCCGCUCCCGCCGCCGCGUCUUCUGGCAAGGCUCUCGGCGGCUGGACGCCGAUCAAGGACGUCAACGACCCCCACGUUCAAGAGAUCGCCCAGUUCGCCGUCUCCGAGCACAACAAGCAGGCGAACUCCGCCCUCGCCCUUGGCAAGGUGGCGAAGGGCGAGACCCAGGUGGUGUCGGGGACGAACUACCGCCUCGUGCUGAGCGCGAGCGACGGGAGCGGCUCGUCGGCGAAGUAUGAGGCUGUGGUGUGGGAGAAGCCGUGGGAGAAGUUCCGGCAGCUCACCUCCUUCAAGAAGCUGGUCAACAGCUAAAUAAUAAGCGCACCUACGAGUCGCCGUACUUGUGUCGUCGAUCUUCUCCGAUCAAUAAAGCCAAUAAGAUCUCGAUCACUACGUCUCAUGUUCUAUUGCUCCUGUGAUGUUGAAUAGUGUGUGAGGGAGUAAUAUAUCGUAAGAAAUGUAUUCUGGUUCCCUUCUUCU